GGAACAGAGACCCAGAGCCUGUUAUCGGCAUCUUCUCAUGCGUAUGUUUAUGUUAUGUUUUCAGUAUUUCUGACAUCGAGCUCCUAUAGGCAACGUGCGAGAGAAUAGCACCAACUGCAAUUUUACUGCAGUUUCAUUCAAUGGCAGCCUUGGCAGGAUGGACAAGCUUAUUACCUGCUUCUAUAGAAGACCCAGUGCUGUCACAAGGCUGAUAUGCUUCCCGUGGGCCGGAGGAGGAUCACUGUAUUAUGCGCAAUGGGGCAAGCUGUUUGAUGAUACUAUAGAAGUAUAUUCAAUAAAGCUUCCUGGAAGAGAAUCUCGUUCAAAAGAACCUUUUGCCCAAAACAUGGAGCAAAUUGUUGAUGAAGUAAUCCAGGCAUUACUUCCGGAGCUGCAAGAAAAAUCUUUUGCAUUUUUUGGCCACAGCUUUGGGUCUUUUACAAGUUUUGCUACUGCAGUACGAUUAAAGGAAACCUAUGGGCUGGAACCAGUUCAUCUGUUUGUCUCUGGGGCAUCUGCCCCACAUUCAAAAACACGCUUCCCUAAUCAGAAGAGGUCAGAGCUGAGUGAUGAGGACUUCCUGAAGUGGAUGUCUCAUACAGGAGGAACUCCAGCUGAAGUUCUCCAGAACAAGGAUGCCAUGCAGCUGUUUAUUCCGCCGCUAAAAGCAGACCUACGAGUGGUUGAGAACUUUGUCUAUGAAAAACCUGACACUCAUGUUCUGUCUUGUGGCAUUACGUGCUUUGAUGGUACAGAAGAUGUUCCACAUGAUUUAGAAGACUCCUUUAGGAUUACAAUCGAGACGAAAUUUCAAGGAGGUACUAGAGAUGGGGUUGUUUGUAUACUUGAUGGGGAGAGCUUGAAUCAAGCCUGGAGCCAUCUUACAAAGGGAGAUUUCAGUAUUCACAAACUGCCUGGUGGUCAUUUUUAUCUGAAGGAUCCGACGAAUGAAAAGCACCUAGUAAACCACAUAUGUAAAUACUUAGAAACUGCUGAAAUGAGCUAUCUGUGAGCUCAGUUUACGUCUCUGAAGGUGGUUAUGAAAUACUCGCAUACUUCUGCCAAUGACAAUGUGGAAUUUCAUAAGCACAGCAGCACAUUUCACAUUCCAACAGCAGCAUUUUUGCAGUGUGCUUUCUUUGAGCAUACAGCAGUAGUCCUUAUGUGCACUUUAAUAUCUCUAAAGUUUGAACAGUAAUCAUAAUUGUAUCAAUUUAAUAGACAUUACAACUGGACUGACCAUACAAUCAUUUUAAAAGGUAUAUUUGUAAGUGGCAGCACCUGAAUCAUUGGAUAUCAUGCUGUAGCUUCCUUCCUGUAGGAUUACAAAAAAUAGUUUUAUGAAAUAUUUGUUCAUCCCAGUGUUUCAAGGUCUCUCCAGAUGUUAAGUUACACCUCUUUUACAGCAGACACACGUCUAAUGGGGUGAGUGAUUUUACAAAAGAAUAAAGACACAUAGGAUUGAGUUAA